CGCAACCCCCUGCAGGGAGCUGGAGUACGAGCUUUCGGCAGUCUCGCGCGAGCCGUCCUGCAGCAGCGUAGCGUUUGCACAGAAGCGCAGACCGUCCGCGAGACAUGCCCUCGAGUAGCAGCAGUAGCAGCGGCAGUAGUAGUAGUAGUAGUAGCAGCAGCAGCAGCAGCAGCAGCAGGCCGCCAGUGCCUCGGGCCGCGACGCUGCAGCAUCCCAGCUGAGCAGCCCAGCAGCAGCAGCAGCAGCAUCGUCGAUCAGUGGGAGAAGUAGCUACAGUGCAGGCCGAUGUCCGCCGCGCGGCUGGUGUCAUCAUGACGACGGCUCGACUGCUGCUGCUGUUGCAGCUGCUGCUCCUGUCGUCCUCGUCGCCCUUCGAUCUCGCGCUCGCGGAACCACAACAACAACAACAACAACAACAACAACAGCAGCGCCAGCAGCAGCAGGAGGUGACACUGGCCGCCCCACUCCGUCACCAGCAGAACCAGCGGCCAUCCUUCAUCGAGCGAAGGUUACGCGAACACGAGGCGCAACAGGGUGCUGCAGCCGAUGCGGUGCAAGAGCAGCAGCAAACGACUCUCGGCAUAAGGCACGGACGCUCCCGGGGCCGCAACCACGGCAGGCACCUCGAGCUCGAGGCCCUGCCCACCGUCGAGGAGGACGAGCUGCUGCUCCAGCCGAUGUUCUACCAGCCGUCCGAGCUGUGGAACUCGAGCGGCGCCGUCUACGAGCUCGCCGAGCAGGACUCGUCCGCCGAGAACUCGAGCGCGGCUAUCCAGCAGCAGCAGCAGCAGCAACAGUCCAUCCCGGGUAUAGCCAGCGGCGGCAAGGUCGACAUAGUGACCCGCUUCCUCCGGAUAAUCGAGAACCAGCACCUGCUCGGCGAGAACUGCACCGCCGGCACGGACUUGAACCUCGGCGAGGGCGUCGUCGACCAGUACGCCCAGGAGCGUUUCCGACUGGAGGCGAACCUCGCGGUGAACCGCGCCAACAUGCUCACCCGGCUGUGGAAGUACGCGCCCGAGGUGAUGUCGGGCUCGGAGUACCUGCUUCACGCCUCGGUCCUCUCCAUGGUCGAGUUCGACGAGGACAUAUUCGCGGCGGGCAACUGCUACGACAAGCUCCAGUACCGCGAGCGCUGGCUCUACUGUCCGUUCGCCCAUCGACUGCAAGACGAGGAUGGCGUGCUGGUGAAGGACCUAGCGGUCGAGUACAAGUACCUGAGCAACAGCAGCGAGUGGUUCUACAUCGCGAGGAAGAACGCCGAGCGCCGGAUCGCCAGCUACAACCAGUUCAGUCGCGGUUAUCACACGUACACGCACAACGAGAGCAGCCACACGGAAAGAAUCGAAGACGAGAUACUGACGGUGCGCUACGAGGACGGCCGAUGGUCCAAGCCUUACUACGAUUGCGGGGGCGGCAACAUCUGGAUGCUCACCUACACCGUGCCCUUUUUCGGCUACUCCAACGAUACCUACUACUUCAAGGGAACGAGCGGAAUCGACAUCGAUUUACGAAGGGUGGACAUCGAUCAGUGCCCGCUGCCUCCUGGAUCGAUGCAGCUCAAUAUAUUCGCGGCGAGCGACAAGUGCAAGAAGCGAACGACGGAGUGUGUCGCGAUUUCCGGACUGGGAUUUCGCAGAGGCAGCUAUAGGUGCAUCUGCAAGAGGGGCUUCUACUACCCCGAUACCAAGUCCACCAAGAGGUACUACAACGGCACCGUCAUCGAGGAGGAGUACGAGAAGCUCAUGCUGGGCAAAGAAAGUCAAUACGCCGCGGUCGGCGUCUUCGAAUGUCUGCCCUGCGCGGAGGGCUGCGAAUCCUGCGAGGACGGCUCACCCUGCGUCGUGUCCCUCAACUGGCUCAUGCGAACAGCUAUUCUCAUCCUGGAAUGUUGCGUCAUCGCGUGCCUCCCUGCCGUCGUGCUCUUCACGUGGAAGUACGGCAAUGUCAAGGUGGUCAGAGCUGCCAGUCCGGUGCUGCUGCGCGUCAUCGUUCUCGGAGCUUUUUUCAUCUACUGCACGACUAUAGUCAUGUAUCCGCAGCCGAACGUAUACACGUGCACGGUGAGAGUCUGGCUGCGGGAAAUUGGCUUCUCGCUGACCUACGGUGCUCUCAUGCUGAAAACAUGGAGGAUCUCUGUGAUAUUUCGCGUCCGCUCGGCCAAGGCCGUCAAGAUAACCGACGUGAAUCUCCUCAAGCGGCUCGGCAUCAUCGUCACGGUAUUCAGCGUGUUCCUGGGAAUACGUACACUCGUAGCGCCGCCCGUCGUCAUCGUCGCCCGCACAGCCGACGACCUCAAGGCUUACCUCUGCAAGACCGACUGGUGGGACCACAGCUUUACGACACUCGAAGUGAUGUUCCUCGUCUGGGGCAUACGACUCUGCAUAGUCGUGAGGAAGGCGCCAUCCGAGUUCAACGAGAGCCGAUUCAUAUCCAUGGCCAUCUACAAUGAAUUUCUCCUCUCCGUCUUCCUCAACGUCUCCAUGUUGUUCCUACAGUCGCCGGCGAAUCCGGACCUGCUCUACAUCAUAUUCUUCUGCCACACGCAACUCACCGUCACCCUUCUGCUCGGCCUAAUCUUCGGCAGCAAGGCCUACGUGGUGUUUCGGGGUGGCGGGAAGGACGACUCUAACGGCAAACUUGUCGGCACUACGAGCAAGUUCAUCAGCGGCAAGACCUGUCGGGCUCCGGCGACCAGCAACCAGACCAACUCCAUCUCGCUGCAGCAGGCAAACUUGACCGAGGACAGCGACGGAAUGAUGAUGUGUAUGUCGUUUGCGUUGCAGGAGGAGUUUCGCAGGUUGUACACGCAGCUCGAGCUGCUGAAGGAGAAGAACGCGAGACUCGGCAAUCGUAACAUGGUCGAGAAAAUCGCGGCGAUGCAGGAGGCGGCCAAUCGAGCUGGCACCCAGCUCUCCACCAUCAACGCCAUAUCCUGGACUCUGCAGGAGAACGAGCUCAAGCACGAGUCCAGCAGGGAGGCAGCCUCCAAGUCUCCGGACGCGCCCAUCAAGGCGGAGCCACCCGACGACAAGAGUACGGAGAAGGAGGUCGUGGUGGUUAACGAGUGCAAAGACAAGGAGCCGGAGCAAAGUAGCGAAACGACGCCCGAAAUCGCCCCGACGCCAAAGAGCAGCGACGAGCAGAGCAAGGACCGGAGCAGAAGCAAAUCCGGCCACGCGAGGACGCACGCCAUCGUCAUUAAUCUCGAUGACAAAUCGAGAUUCUCCGAGGAGGUGACCGUUUGAGGGAUUGACUAAGGACACUAGCCGAUGACUUCCAUAUAGACACUCUGUUAAGACGAUGCUGAGAGCAGAUAAUAAUAGAGAGUAAGAGAAAAACACUCGAGUGAUUUAGUCAAAUGCGAGGCCAAAGGAGAUAUAUACGAGUGAAUGAAAGAAAAAAAAUACAAACACCAAUAAAUAUAAUACCGAGUCUGCGAUGACCAAACAACAUCGAAAGUCUUACAUAACACGACGCGGUUGGGAACGUGCUUUUCCGGAUUCCGCUCUGAGAGAGAUGAAGAUUGAGUGGCUUUUCAUCGCUGACAUGGUGAUUGAUUUUGUGACGACUGCGGCUUCCCGGAGUUUUGAGAACGACGCUUCCGACGGCCCAUCUUAAUUUCGAUGUUAUUUAGGUGAAAUCUUGUUGUAUAUAAUAUUAUCAUAUACACGUAUAGAGGUGUACGGUAAAAUUCAUAAUAUGCAUGAUGAUCAUGAUUAUUUUGAAAAAAAAAAAAACAAUGCUUGAAUUCAGUGUUUAUUGCCAGUAAGCUUGUAUCAAGUGCGCUCGAGUGCGAUUGGAGGAGUCUGGAGUAUAGUUAUCGAUAGUUUAUCGAUUUGUCUAAUUUUACCGGUCCAAUAAUACCAGUCUUGAAGGAGGAAAAAGUUAAACAGUUCGCUCUCGUCGGGCUAAAGAUAUACCAGAGAAAUUUCUUAUUGCUCCUUGCACGCUAUUAUUGUUACUUGAUACAUGCGCAUUGUCCAGUGUCUACUGUUAAAAUAUUAUUUCAUGUGUAUAUAAUUGUGAUAAAAAAGCAGAGCGAGAUUUUAACGGAAAUAGCGCCACAAACACACUAAAGUUGCAUUUCUUGUAAAUACAUUGUAAAUACGAACAGUAUAUAUACAUGUGAACUCGUAUUAUUUCGUGUAAGAAGUCUCAAAUGGUGAAAAUCGGGCUACAACUAAACGUGAUAGAUGAUGCAUAUCACGAGCCAAAAAUUGACCAAUCAUGAAAAAAAAAGAGUUUUAUGUUCUUCAUGAAAACACGCGAGAUCGGCACGCUUCGUUCGAAUUUGUUUCGUGAGGGUUACGUAUAAUGAUUUUCGUCGGUUUAUAACCAGCAGCCAAAACCAUUUUAAUACAUCCACAAAUUUUUACAGCCGUCCACCUGUCGACAUAGUUUACGCGUAUGUAAGAGUAUAUUCAAAGUCACGGAAUUUUAUCGGUGCCCAAUCUUUUGAGAAUUCAGUUGGUGCUCGUAAAAUAAUCCUAAUAGUAUAUAAAAUGUUUUUAUGAAAAUUACGAUAUUAUAUAAAAGUUGAAAAUGGUAAAAAAGAUUUAAAAAACACUUGGUUGUGAAAGUCGUUGAUUUUCUCAUUUGUUCGUAUAUAUAGUUGGUCAUUGAAAAUGACGAUGAAAAAAUCGAUUCCUUCUAUAGAAAAAAAAAAUAAAUAAAUGUACAGAUUGUGAUAUUUGCAAGACUUGAAAACAAGAUUUUCGUUGCAGGCAUUGUAGGUCGAGAAAUGAUAAUUACGUUUUCGUUAUAGAAUGAAGUAUCCAGUACUCGAUUUUACGUUCCUGGAAGGCCAUAUCAUUUGAAUCCUCCACGCUUGUUAAAACGCUGAGACAUCAAAUUAUAAGAUUUUCAUUGAACAAACUCGCUGCCAAGUUAUGAAAAUGAGUUGGUCAACUAAUUAGAAUAGAAAUGUCGGAACACCAGGUUAUUAUAGAGAAGGUUGUGCAAACGUCAGACUAUAUACCCAGCAUUUUACAGUUCAAUUCAUUUGAUAAUAGUCGUAAGCUUAUAAUUGUGAGUAAAUGUGUGAUUUUUUAAAAGAAAAAUAAGUGUAAAAAUUAUACCAGCAAUAGAAAGUUUUAAAAACUUAAGAAUAUAUUUCAUACGAUAUACAAAAUGCUUGCAAUCAGUUUAACGUUCAUGUUCCUAACAUAGAAAAAUACCAAUGAAAGAUGAUAUAUAUUUUGUUAAAGCGAGUAUGCAUGGCAAACGUUUUUAUUUUUUGAAUCUACGAUUACCUCGUCUUUUUACGAUACAUUCAAGAUAUUGUUAGAUUUUUUAAUCUAUAUUACAAUUUGAAUUCUGCCACAUCAUAUUGAAAAUUUUUGAAACGAAGCAAUAAGGUGAAACUAUACCAAGAAAGUUCUGAAAAGCAUCAUUAUAGCGAAUUUUGACGGAAAAAUUCAAAAACUUUAUUUAACUAACAAGUUAUAUGGAAAAUUUUAUCCUACAAUGAUACUAAUCUUACUUCUUACAUUAUAUUAAUAGCCCUAUGUAACAUAACAUAUAUUAUAAGAUAAAAAAAGCUAAUAUUAUGCAUUUAUCACCUUCUCGAGGAAGAAGCUUUGUAACGAUACGUAUAUAUUAUAUCGACCUAAAUUUUUAUGAAUUUUAAUGUUUUUGAAACUACUGUAAUGCAGUUUUUGGUUGUGCUGGCUGCAUACUUGUGUAUGUAAAUGAUAUAUAGCUUAUAAUUAUAUCCCCGACGAAUUCUUUUCGAAAUGAGUCAUAUUCCGCCAAAGCAAUUUAGCAGCUUUUUUUAUACUUGAUAACGUGUGCACUCAUUUGGGCGAGGCCUUCAGUCGCAUCGUAUGAUAAAACCUUAUAAUAUUAUAAUAGUUAUAACAAAUAAACAAGAGAAAAGUGGUUGCAUCAGAGAGAGCAACGUAAUACUCGCAGGACGUUAAGUACUUCGACGACGACGACCGGUGUUCUGUCAUGUAUAAUAAUAAUAGUACAAAAAUCUAUUGUACUGAUAAUAGAUACUACGAAAGGCUCCAAAUUAACAAAUUCUAAGAUAUGGGACGGAUAACCUAUGGAACAUAAUGUAACGUAUAUUAUAUCCCAUUUUGAAGUAUGCGCAUUUAUCGUGUCGUGUGUUAUUCCAACGGGAAUAAUACGCCAACGGGCGAGGGCCGAACAUUAAGGUUGAUUAUUGAAAAAACUUUCUGUGUAUAAAAGAAUAAAAAGUGACGUGAAACAUUCUCGUUUCUACCGGUAUGUGUUUUAAAUCCCUCAUAGCUGUGUUCAUACGACUAACAUAACUAUAGACCAUUAUACUAUUAUAUUGCUAUUUUGAGAGCGUAUUAAACACGCGUGCGCAUAAGGAAUAAAGUGAAUUGUUGAAAACCGUA